GAUGUUCGGGAUGAGAUCAGCGCGUCAAGGACCUCGGGUCUGUUUGCGCUGGUGUGCAGGCUGUUCGUAGUGUAUGGCCCGGGCACCCUAAUGGAGCGUGAGUUGGGACUAAAGCAUAUCUCGGAUCCACCGGCUGGCACCACCGUACAGGACACUAUUGACAUUUUGCGUCGGUGGAGUCGUUGGUGCUCGCGCAUGGUGGAGUUGGGGGGUGUUCUUCCAGAUAGUGCCAUUCAGGUCCGAGCUCUUACGAAGGCUACCAAGGCAGUGGUUUCUCAGAAUCCAGAAAUGGCAUUCCGCAUAAACCUGGCUAGAGCUGCACUUCAAGUUGACAUGACGCCUGAUGAUGAUAAGGUGAAGAAGCUGCAUGCCCAGAUGUUGAGUGAGCUAGAAGCUGCGUGCGGUUCCAAGAAUCACAAGCAGGUGGACUGCAAGGAUGCCAGUUCUCAGCAGAUAAAAAGCAUGCUGGCGGAUGCCGCGAGGUUCUUGCAGCAAGCCGUACCGCCGCCACCGCCGGGCGUGGUCACCCAGGACAAGUUGCGAGCCUUGGUCAAGGAUUGUGAGGAGCAGCAGGCCCUUCAGCUUAUAUCAGAGUUGGAGGAGGCCCUGCAGGCAUUCAUUAAGACCCGGACCCGGCGUGAGGUUAAGGCUUUGCUGGCAGAGGAUAUCCCAGGGGGCACCUUGGAUGAUGGCAAGGCUGUGCUUAGGGAUCUACCGUUGAAGAGGGAAAGGGGAAUGCCGCUGAUACAUGCAGACGUCCUAGAGAAGGGAGGAAAGGGCUGGGACUUAACCAAGGCAAGGGGAUAUGUUCCUUUGGUCUUUGGCUUCGGUGGCGAGGGGGUCAGGUUUCUCGAAGAGCUGGGUGUGCGAGGUGAGGAUCGCGAGCUGGAUCGUAGAAUUACUCAGGCCAGGACUCAGCGUGACAGUCCACCAGGUGUGGUUUCCUCAGAAGGGUCAAUUAAGGAGGAAGAAGCGGAAGCCUUGUUGAGGGCCUUCGAAGCAGAGAGCGUGGUAUCUUCUGAUGACGAGGGAGACCCGCUUGAGAAUGUUGAGGGAUCCGAGGCACAGGUUCAGCGGGUGAAUGAUCCUUCGCCAGCAGAGGUUGAGCGCUGGAAGGCACAUUUGCAAAACGGCCACGUACCGUACAGGCGCGACUGCAGGCAGUGUAUCGAAGGAGCGGGCGUUGGGGUGCAGCAUCGCCGGGUGCGACAUCCGCAAAGCUACGCACUCUCAGCCGACUUGUUUGGCCCAGUCCCUAGUGCGGAGCACGGCCGGGAUGAAACGUGUGUGUCCGGACGGCGUAACCUUAAGUAUGCCCUGGUUGGAGCCUUUAGGAUCCCAAGGUCUGCUGUUGAAGGUGAUACGAAAGAAGCAGGGGUUGAGGAUCUUUUCGAAAGUGCUGGAUCAGCAGAUCCCUUAGAAGAUGUAGGGUCGGAGUAUGCACCAUCAGAGCCCCCACCAGAGGUUUUAGAUGACUUAGAAGAUCUGAGUGCCCCUCCAAGGGUUCCUGGAACGCGUGUUGAGCCUGAGGCUUCGCAAGAGGAGUUGUUGAGAGAACUCUUUGAGGUUCCAGAUGCAGACAGCUGUGCCAGAGCUCCCUAUCCGUUCAGUGUUGAAGCAGUGCAGGGCACCUCUCAGGAGGAGCAGAGCAUUCUCGUGGAAGGCGAUGUUCCUCAGGAUCCCCAGGCACUCCGGGAACUGAUCAAGGAUUUGAAGGUUGCGGAAGGGAUCCAGAAAAUGAUCUUAUCCAUUAAUGCAAGAUACCCAGUUAGGUGGGUUGAGGCUCGGUAUGCUGCCCCGCAUAGCACAAUACCCGAUGGGCACGUGCUCAUCACUGACUCGGGGAAUCUAGUAGCCUCAAAGGAGGAUCAGAGCGGGAGCUUGGAUCAGGAGGAGCUCGAGCAGCUUGAGGCCGAGAAUGGUGAAGGCCCUAGUCCGCUUCUUCCCGGUGCGUCUCCUGACCGCAGAUUGCGGGUUAAGACCUCUAUUCGGUUUGUAGAGUGUGAUGUUAGUACCGACUCAGAGUCCUUUGCGCGUGAAUGUAUCCUUUGUGACGAUUACAGCCGUGAGUCCUUCCGAAUGCUUGUGGGAAUGCUGCCAGAGAAGCUUUUCCACUCCAAGUUGGCAGACGAUGACUGGAAUGAGCUGCAGCGCUUGGAGUUUCUCACUCCGAUGAACCUCAGGACGCAGACUCUCCUCACCGAGAGCAGGGAUCCUUGGAGGAUGACGUACAACCAGUUUGCUGAGCAUGAGUGGAAACGCCUGACGUUCAUGGGGGUGAAUGAGCCAGAAGAUCUGGCAUACUUGUUCGAGGAAGAUUUGAUUGAGAUAGGAAUUUCUCCUUUGACCGAGGAGCAAGGUCAUCGACGCGUAGAUCCGUUGCGAGUUCCUGAGGAGACACCCCAAGCAGAUCCAACGGAAUCACCCAUGUCUCAGGUGCCGCAGACCGCGGCUAGCUCAUCGCAUGAGCCUCUUCGGAGACCACAUCAGUCUGAGUUGUAUGAAGAGGACCAUUUGGAGAUGAUGUACUUGCAAUCCAUGUGGGAGGCGGAAGAAGAUACUCCUGUAGACAGCUGGCCGCCAGCAGCCUCCAGCACUGACUGCACAGGCUUAGGUAUGCAAGGCGUUCAAGCUGAUAACCAGACCGCCGAGACUCUAGUGGAGAGUGAAGUAGAUGAUUUAUGUGUUCCGGAGGAGACCCAAGCAGAUCCGACGGAAUCACCCACAUCUCAGGUCGUAAAUAAAUAUGAGUGUAGGGCACUAAGGUAUGGUGGGUCUCAAGAUGAGUCGUAUAAUGCACAGGCCAUAGGUCCCAGAGGUGAACGUCGUGUUCUUCCAGAUAGCGCCCAGGUCACUGGACAGAGUGCGAUGACAGUGAGGAUCGGUGUUCCAACAGGCAAUCCGCUGAGUUCAAUGUACGGUGUCCCCCAGGUGGCAAGCCCACCACGUGUGAGGCGUGUAGAUGAAGCAAUGUUUACUCCUGAUGUCGAAGGCCUACUCGAGAGGUUGGAAGGACCACUUGAGGUCGUGCAUAAUGUUGCCCCCGCGGAGGUGAGAAGUCACUUAGAGAAGUGGCGACAAGCAGCGACCACUGAGGUGCAGUCUUUGGAGACAAUGGGCGCCAUACGGAGACUUAGGGGCCAAGAGGCCCGGGGAAUACUCCGGAGUGGGGACGUUGAGAUCAUUCCAGCAAAGGCUGUCUGCACGGUCAAGCCGGGCUCUCCCUUCAAGCGAAAGGUGCGUGUGGUUUCGUGCGGGAAUUUUGCAUCUACCACGGAGGAAACAUUACUUUAUGCGGGCGGAGCUGGAGCCGAGACACUGAGAGCUUUGCUGGUGCACAAUGGCAGAAGGGGUCGCAGAUGCCAUAGUUUGGACGUGAAGUCAGCGUUUCUAUUGGCGCCCAUACCGGCGUAUGUGAAGAAGAGGUAUGCGGUACGGCCCCCGAAGCUGUUGACGGAGUUAGGCAUCUGCGCUGCUGAUGAGAUCUGGAUGAUUGAACGAGCUCUCUACGGCUUUCGAGAAUCGCCGCGCUGGUGGUCCGUGCAUCGAGACAGCGUACUAUCCACCGCAACGUGGAACACUGAGCGAGGGGCCUUGCGACUGAGACAACUGGCAAGCGAUUCAAACGUUUGGUCGAUAGAGCUGGAGUCGGGAGAAUGCAUGGGACACCUCCUGAUUUAUGUGGACGAUAUGCUGAUAAUGGCAGAUGACUGCAUUGCUGCAUCGUUCUUUGAGUGGAUAAGGGGUCGGUGGGAUUGCACUGACCUUGAGACAGCAAGCUGUGAUAAACCUCUGAGGUUUCUGGGAGUCGAUAUCUACGAGGAGAGGGACGAGCACGACCAUAGGGUUUAG